GCCGUCGCCGCUAGUGUGCGAACAGCGAACGAGCGGACGUGCGUGCGAGACACCGAGCGAGACCAAGCCGACCGUGGCCGGGGGCCCCCCGAUCGCGUCAAAUGGCUGAUUGGAGUUGGAAAAUGAGGCCCGCAUGUAGCAGCGCGUGAUUCCGACGGCCGAGACGCCUCUCAAGAAACAGGGUAGAAAAUGUCAGAACUGGAGGAGAGUCUGGCAGCGCCCGAUAGCACCACCAGGGAACAACAGCGGGUUGGCUUCUCUCAUGGGGAUGACGUUCUUCAACACAAAGAUGGGAAAUUUUACCUUGGUACAGUUGUCGAGGUGGACUUGGCAAGGGAGAGAUGUCUUGUCAAUUUUAUGGAUAAUACAUCUUCCUGGUCAUCGUUUAAAGAGCUGGCGAAGCUGGCUACUCCAGAUUCGGAUGUUAUGUGUGUUCUUUGCAAAAAAUCUCAGCCCAAGACUGACAAUGACAUUAUCGUUUGCGACAAGUGUGGCCGUGGCUAUCAUCAAAUGUGUCAUCAGCCUCAGAUACCAAAACAGGAACCAAGUGCAGAUACUCGCUGGAUGUGCAAGAGGUGCACGGAUAGCCAGCCGCGUACGCGUGAGCCUUGCGAGCCGAAGACUUCCAUGGUUAAAGCAAGUAUUAGAAAGGUUUGCAGCGGUAGGGACCAACCUCAACCACCACCGGAUGAUAUGACGAAAUUGCCGUAUGAUCCUGAUAUGUUAACCUGGGAUGCGCAUCACAGAGUAAACGCCGAACAGAUUUAUUGUUACUGUGGACUUAACGGUGAAUGGUACGCGCAAAUGUUACAGUGUGCUCGUUGCAAGCAAUGGUUUCACGAGAAGUGCAUCAGAUGCUUAACUCACCCCUUGUACAGUGGUGAUAGGUUUUACGUCUUCGUUUGUUCAAUGUGCAAUUACGGGAAGGAAUUUGUUCGGCGUUUGGAAAUGAAAUGGGUGGAUCUGGUGCACCUGAUGUUGUACAAUCUGACUGUUUAUAACGCUAAAAAGUAUUACGAUUUGGAUACCGUUAUUAUACCCUACGCGAACGAUAACUGGUACACUCUGCAGCUUCCACCACGAAUUAGAGAUGUUAGUGCUCAAGUACGCAGGGAAUCGAUAUUGGCAAUAUUGACGAACAACAGAAACAGAUUCAAGUGCGGUAGAGAGAUAAAGAAGCGCACGACGAUAUGGGGCCUCCGUGUCAGACUGCCACCACCCUGUCCGAUCGUCAAUCUUCCAGCGUCCGGCGAGAUAGAUGAUUCCGUGUUACGUAGAUGUUGGGGCGCCAAUAAAAGACUGCAAUAUCUUCCUCCGCAAAUAGGUCCUGUGAGUUUGCCAGAAAGUACAAAACAAUUGAUCGCAUUGAGGCAAAGCGUGGCUGAAAACGUGGAAAUUCCUGUGAAUCCCUCGGAUCUGGUAAUGCGAGGUACAAUUUAUCAAAAUUCGGAAGCGGAGCAGAGCUCGUGUCCAAGUCCAAGUCCACCCAGUCAGUCGACCGAGUCUUUGAGGGAAAGGUAUAACGGUGGCGGUUUUGUAAAGAAAUCAUUCCCAUUUCCUAAAUUGAGUUUCCAAAGAAGACGUCGUCUGAAGGCAUUGGGUAGUUCACGAGACAGAAUGUUUCGUAAACAUAAAAAACGGGAGAAAGGAGACUGUACUAUGGGAAAAUCGUCGCAAGGGGUGCGAGAAGCGAGAUACAGAAAAGCGAGGAAACUACUGAAGAACGCUAUUGCCAAGAGCAAGUCACGCAGUUCCGAGGCAUCCGAUUUGCCGCCGACACCACCGACUUCGGUGUCCGGGCCACCGACGCCACCGGCCACGACAUCGGGCAUGUCGGAGCUGUCGGUGCCGAGCUCCGUGGAUCUGAUGCAUCCCUUGCCACCUUCGACGCCGGCGGAUACGAGUGGAGACGAAACGAGCUCGAGGGGAACCCUCGAUUCUUUCAUUCCGCCGCCGAAAGAUUUCGAAGGAAAGAAUAAUCCGUUCAGUGACCUGGUGGGCACGCCUUGCAGCAUCAAUCAAGCAAGCUCGAGUACGCCGUUGUCGUACAGCCAAUGUCCCAUCACUCUGCCGCUACCGUUGACACCUGUGAUCUCGCAACCGCCGGUUGUACGUCCAGCCAAGAGGCAGCUCUCGGAGAAGGAUAUUAUCGUCGACAGGAACGGACAAGUGAAGCGCAGGAGGCAACACCGACGCGGGCGACCGCCCCAGCAGCAGAUGCAGCAGCAGUUUCAACACACCGCCAGCAAGACCGCGACCAUUCUGCCAGCCCGUAAUAACGAAGUUAAAAGUGAAUUCGCCAGAAAUUUAAGAAGUUCUUUCAAUGGUGCCUCGAGCAGUGCGAGUAGUCAAAUUGGCAACUGUGUGGAUUAUGCCUUAAACGGUAGGAGGUUGAGGCAACGACAGAGUAACGAGAAAUUACCUCCUCCUGAUCCGCAACCGCAACGGAAGGGCAGUAUACCUUCGUCGCCAAAGUGUUCGCCCGUGAAGCAAACUACGCCCGACAUAUCCCUCGACGAUUUGAAAUCGUCGGUGAAUAUCUACUUUGGUGCAGCUAACAGGAUAGCUGCCGGUGAGAAGUUUGUCAUCAAAGCGAAGAGGAUAGGACCGAACGGUCAGACGCAGUACCUCAUCGAAUGGGAGGGACUCAACACUUAACGGUAAACAAUCAGCUUACGAUCAAUCCGACAUUGCAAUCGCACACGAAUUUUAGGUUGGCGACAGGCGCGUUGCGCUGUCGUAGUAGUAGUGCCGACGGUCGGCUACCGGCGUCUCGCGAUCAGUCCUCGGUGUUUUACAGCAAAACGAUUCAGGUCGUUUUGCGUCACGUGCACUGCCACUCGUUACGUACAUCUCGUGAGGAAUGUACGUGUUUAUCGGCAUAGAAUGUGUGAAUGUUCUUGUAAGUGUGCAUCGCGUUGCGUUCAACUAUUAGUUAUUCCUUGUGUUGUAAGGAUUUCUCUUACAAUUUCAUUACAAAUUACAAAGUCUGUUCGAGGAUUUAUCGAUCGUGUCAUUAUAUAUAACGGAUUUUUAUAUUCAUUUACUUUUAUCCAUUAGAGAGAAUCUAUCAUUCGUAUUGCCUCUCGGCGCGUAUCUUUCCAAUUAUUUAAAAAUUACCAGGUAUACGGGAAUGCUCGCUGCCGUCGAGAAAACGUUUACAGGAACAAUCAGAUGUGUUGCUUAUCAAUUGUAAAUAGUGUAGCAUAGUAGACUCUUGCGAAGGAAUCGAUGAUGUAAAUCGCGCGUAACACUGAUUCCGUGUGCUUUACAUUCAUCGGGAGAAAGGAUUGGCCAAUCGUUUCCGAGUGUUAGGGAUGUACCAGAAAUACGACGGCGAAAGAAAAAGAAAGAAAUUGAGACAGACAGUUGUUCCUCUCACUUGAACUGACAUACUAAGCGAAAUGUUAGUGGUUGGGUAGUACAGAGUAAAACAGAGCAAACAUCCUGCAAAGGUUAUUUUUCAAUACAUUUUUAUAGAGAUAGUCUUUCGCUUCUGUAACUUCAUUGUCUCGGAUUAUCCUUUCGUGGGGAUGGCAAAAGUAAUAAAUUACACUUUCUCAAAAGAACGAAUGUAAUGUAUCGUGAAAAGUUUUACGUUGAAUUUCGUCCAGUUUGCACAAAGACGCGGCAUAAAACGUACACGUCAAGAUACAGUUGCAUAUUAUAUUUUAAUACUUGAGACGAUGAAGAUGCAGACUUGGCAUUGCUCAUUGUUAUACAAGACUAAGGGAAGACAACACAUCUCGUUUCGUACCAUUUGGAAUUAAGCGAAUCACGCACCGAGUAUGUAAGUGAUUGGCCAAGUUAUCUGUGCAAAAGUAACAUUGUACAAUUGGAAAAUUAACUGAUAAUUGCGUUAUAUCGGGCACUGUAGCGAGCUCAUUAUCGCAUAGUUGUGCACUGUAAAAAAACAGUCUUUGUGCAUUGAACAGCUAGAAAGUAAAUUGCAAUUGUAUAUAAAUAGGUUUUGUAUCUGUACGAUUGUGUAGCAUACUAUUUAGAUCCACUAGACGAUAAACGUAACGGUGUCACAAAUUCUCUUACAAUAAUUUUUGAUACAACAGAUUAUUUUAUACAACUCUGGAUCCUGCUGGGAUUAUUGCGUAAGAAGCGUUUUGUACCUCAGACUGCACAGAAUCUAUGGUCAUAACUUACUAAUCAGAGAAAAUAUCUAAAACAAUUAUAAGAGCGCGAUAUAAUAUAGACAUUGCAGUAGUCGUUAUUAGAGUCUCAAAUCAAAAGAGCUUAAUAGAAGUGUUAACUAGUAAGCGUUUCAUUUUUAUUUACCAUUAAUUAUCGACACUCGCUCUUGCGAUUCAGUUUCGUUUUGUAUUUUCCAGACGUGUUCUCUCAUCACGGCGCAUUUUUUUCCGGGGAAACUGGCGUGAUGCGAUUUCUUGUUUGCUUUUCAUUUGAAUAAGACGAAUCGUGGCUUUUCAAGUGAUGAUAAUUUUGCUGUUGAACAAUGUUUAUUCGCAAAAAUGCAAAAACGGAUAUUCACUUGCAUUUUAAUACAAGUAUUUCUCAACGAAUAUUAUACAAGAUUAUACAAGAUUACUGGGUAGAUAAUAUUAUUUUGUAGUCUCAUGCGGGUUUCCCAAUAUGUUCAAACGAUGAUAAACGACUCAUUGCUUCAAUCAACAUUAUAAAAUAAGUAUUCAUUGCCACACACACUAUUUAUUUGAAUUUCUAAAUGCAAUUGCGCGCCUUUGCAUUUUGAUUUCUUGGAAGAGGCUCAAAAGCAAUCUGAGGCCACUGUGGUAUGAGAUGAGAAGUCUUUCACAAAUUGUCUUCUGCAUUACAGUCGCGAACAAAUGUCAAAAGCCUUUCUUUUAUCAGUUUCUGGAAAAAAUGAUUCUUAUAACAAUGUUUCUUUGUUUUAUAUUUAACGGAUCGCAUUUUAUAGAAAUAUUUCUCAUUGCAUUUUUCGUCAGGUACAGCUUAUGAAUUCCACUUAUAUAUAAAGAAUCGUUUCUUUAUAUACAAGUAACAGGUCUCAAAACAUCUUUUUCGAAUCAUACCACAGUAAACUCUAUAGAUAUCUCUCUCUAGAGUAAUACGUAGGUAAAUAUUGGACGAAGACAAAAAAUGGACACUGCCAAACUUCUAAGUUAUAUUUAAGCGACGUCACAUAACGCCUGCGUUAUGAUAAUAUAGUACCAUUCAAUUAAACAAAAUUUUUUAAUUCAUAUUCAUCGUCGGUCAUUAUAUAUACUGCAUAUGCGAAUAAAAAAAAGUGCGAAUACAAGAUUGCGCGGAGACACGUUGCUAAUUUGCGACGAAACUUCAACGAACCGUUUUAUACGUGCAUGCAGGCGCAUCUGACUUUAUGAAAUAUAACAUGAAUUCGCGAUAUAGGCAAUUUCCCGCGAUCGAUGUACAGGAGGUGGCGCAGGAGAAAUCAAAUCUCAAUCAGUUUAUUAAAGUUCACGUAACAAGUUUCACGAUUCAAGUAGUGGUGAAUUAUUGUAGAAAAUGCUCGAUGCGUUUACGCACGUCGCUGCACGUACUGACCCUGACCCGAUAGAUACUGACAUGUACCUUCUUUUCCUAUACGUAUACGUAUCAACGAAAUAAGCUCUAUUGAGUAUGCCGCAAUCAUGUUACAUCAAUCGAAUAAUACGUGUGACGGAACGUUAAUUAAUUUAGUAGCGAAGGAAAGAUGUAAUGUUGGAAAGUAUCGGGACAGAGUCAAAUUAUUAUCAUAACAUACAUUCAAACGUAUUAAUUAUUUAUUAAUAUUGAUACCCUCGAGCAUUUUCUUUUUUUCAAUUUGUUACUAGUCUGCUUUGAUAAUUUACAUUUCUUUACAGUGCUUGUUUGUUUUCUCAUUUGACUGAACUAACGCCAUGCAGUAACCACAGUGGAUUUGCGAGUUUGCGAGUUUAGGCCCUCCCAUGCCACCUUCGCUGAUUUAAUGAUGUUAAAGCUACGGAAAUAAAUUCAGCGAAUGAUCGGUUGCUGUUUCCGCUCUCGUACGCUCAAGAGUGAACGAAGAACAUCUUGCGCCAAUGUUGCAUUGUUAUGAUUCAAAGCGAUAAUGACCAGCUCGAACGUUGAGCUUACAAUUUUGCGGUGCUUUGUACGAGAGUUUACGUACGAUGUUCACGCAUCUAGGAUGAUAAUUCUAUCAGUUUUGGCUUCCGGGUUUUGGAGCCGCGGUUUUGUCAUUUUGGUUCUACGAGGAUUUUCGUAUUCUCCUUAUAUAUCCUUGAGAUCCGGCCGACAUUCGGUUCCACAUUCUCUAACGCCACGUAUGAAUCCGCGUCGAUUCGCGCGCAAAUUUCCUUGUUGCGAAGGGAAAUGUCAUUUGUAGUUAAUUACCGCGACGAAGCAUGUAUAUUUGACCGCGCGUAUUUGCGCGCAUUAAUCGGCGUGGUGGUCCGAGAGUCUAAUUAGGGUGAAAUGUGCGCGAGAUCGCGUAAGGAGGCGAACGAUUAUACUGCCAGUAUCGUACGUAUAUAUUACGAUUUCCACAUUCUCCUCCUCCUCCCUCUCGCCCAUUCCUCUUUUUUCAUAUAUAAAUAUCCUACAAAUACAUGAUCCAGACUAACGCAUAGUUAUAUACCGUUUGUAUGGCGAUUACAGAGUAUGCGAUACGAGCGAAGAGAGCUCGGCGUGUUACUUCCAGAACGGAUCCUCCGGAUCACCCAGCGGGUUCUCGUUGACGUGAUGGCGUGUUUAGCGUUCGUCAUCGUGCGAGACUGCGAACGAAGCGCAGAAAUUCCAAUCUCUUUGGCACAAUAGCAAGUGUCUUCUGCCGCGUUCUGCCGACGUCAAUUGCGAAGAGAAUUGUAUAAUUGUGCGUUUUAGAGAUUACUUCAUUUAUUAUACAAUCCAGAGAUUAUGUGAUAAUCGAUUCCGUUUUGGCCGUUUGGUAUCAAAGUGGAGUUUCGGCCUCUCACUAAAAUGACAAACUUUUGAAAUGCUUACGGCAGAAGCGCUUUAGUCAAUGCACAAUUAAAUUUACGCUGUUGUUUGUAAAUUUAGACUAUUCUACGUUGUUGAAUCAAAUAAUCCGCGAACAGUCGGUCUAUUCGGCGAGACCAGUUAUUAAGUGAGAGAAAAAGAAGAUACGUUGGCCGCUUUUUGAAAUUUUUAUUUCCUAUUGUAUGCUACUUAACGAAAUAAGCGAAUUAUUUAAUUAUUUACUCGUAUCACGUAACUAAAUUGACCAAAUCGAGAGAGUGAGAUCAAUUAAGUUUUCGAUUGAGCGUAAUUAUGCAAAACUGUUAGUUUGUGGAACAGCGGGUGCUGAGUGAACUGGUGCCUGGACGAUGUAUGUGCGCGCGAGACGGUCGAUUAAGUUUCUGAUUUUCCUCGGUAGUCCUCGGCAUGAUUUACUGAAUCGAGUGCUGGUUAUUCAAAUGUGGAAAGUCCCUUUUCCAUUUAUUUCUUGUGAUCAAAAGUAUCGUGAUUAUGUAAUUGACAGUUUUUAUAUAUAUAUCGACAUACACAGUCGUAUCAUUGUAUUUCGAUCGGAAAAAGAGAAAUGCCGAGUGUUUCUAGUGGUCUAGAAAAGAUGGCUAGUAUCAAUAAGCGGUGUGUAACACCAAAUUACAAGUUUUCGUACCAGCAACGUGUUCGUAACGAAUGUUGUCUUUAAAUAUGUACUUUGGACAAUAUAUUCUAAUGUAAGUAAGCCAUUUCUGUGAGGUGUUCAUAAUUUUGUAAUUCUUGCUUUUGUAAUUCUCAAAACGAUCAAUUGAUAGUGUUUUCGUGCCAACAACAUUGGAAAUCUCUCUUUAUUAUUUGAUAAAGAAGAAAGUCACUCCACCGCGUUCGCAAUCCGGAUUUGUAGGGAUUACUUUAGUUAUUAAAAACUCGUUGCGAUUGCAGCUAGUAGACUGGCAAAAAGAGUCCUCGCGGGCAAAGUGGAUCGCCGAGCCGAAAUUCCAAUUUCUGUAAUCUUCGUGUGGAGAGGGAUGUCUGUGAAACGCACGGGGAAGAGAUAGGCAAAAUAAAACGAGGAGUGUGAAUGCGUUUGGAUUGCGUGCUUGCGUAUACGUGUGUGCAUAUGUGUGUAGAUCUGUGUGCGCGUGCGAUAAAUUGUAAGGAACGAUAGAUAUGACAAAGCGAGCCGUAUUAUUCCGGAUUAUUUGUCAUCGCGGAGGUAAGACGCGCGAAAACGAAGACGAGUCAAAGGUGACCUGUCCGGUCCGGUCCCGCACCUCGAAAUUUCGCACCCUUGCCGCUAGGAGGGAGACGUUAAAUCGUUUUCGCCAAAAUUCAUGUGUGAUAGAACCACUUAUCUCCGCAGAUCUCUGAAUUUACGUUUCUGCGUACAUUUCUAUUUCUAACGUUAAUUCAGUAGUGGACUCUGUAUAUACACCGCCUGCGCUUGUACGGAUAUUGUGACUACUGCUCUCGCCGAUGCUCUUCCCAUUCCCCGCAGGUCGUCCGGAUAUCACCAUCGGACAGAAAUCAUCUCUGCGACUCGGCACUUUGCAUCGCUAAUCACUGAAUCGUAUCACGUCACCCGAAACCCUCCGAUCAUCCUCUGCAUUGUACAUAUUAUCAUUACUACCCAUUCCGAGAUGGGCUACCCGUGAGCGAAAUAAACCGCUGAUGUGACGCACAUUUGUUGAACAUGCGAUUGAUAUGAGAAAUAAUACCUCUCACCUAAAGCUUCAGAGUGAUUUUUGCAUGCUUUGUGAUAAACGGCAUACGUUACGUAAUGAAAUUGAAGGAAAUGGAAAGGGAACGGCUGGAGCACAACAUUUUUAUGUUUAUAGUAUAAAUACUAUAUAUAUAUAUAAAUAUAUAUGCAGAAUGUUUCAGGACCACCGCCAUACUCGGUGAAUCUAUGGUUUUCUUUUCCAACAAUCUGAGGUCAAGAUUCGUCAAGGAAAAUUUCAGUAGCACAAGAAUAAAGAAUAAAAAUAUGCAAUUUUGAAUUAUCCGAAUUUUACUUAUUCGUUGUAUCGACAAAGUUUUGUUGCAGAUAGAUAGACUUUGAGGAAAAAGAAACCAUAGAUAAAAGUAAGAACGAUGAUCCUGGGAUGCAUCAUGUAUGCGUAUAAAUAGAUUUUACGUAAGAUUAACUACAGUCCCGUCUUUUUUAAGCUGUCCGUCGUUGGUGCGCCAAGCUAUCGAAUUCACGUGUCGUUUUAAUCGUUAUCAUGGCACGACGCAUGGCAUUUGCCUGUUGGGGAACCGUGCUCUCCGUGUUCAUUGUUGUUUUACUCAGCUUGUGUAAAGAGACUGAUCCAUAAAUCUCUUCACUUUUCAUUUUCAUACUUCAUCCGUUUCAUUGAUUCAAGUGACGCGUAUGCGGAGAUCCACGUACAAAAAAAAAGAAAAGCGAGAAGAAAAAUGAUCAUCGACCUCGAUCGAUGAUCGGUGAUUACGGAAUCGCUACUGUAAAGAGAGAAUAAUAAAUGAUACGUGUAGACUUGA